GCUGGUGCUCUGACACGUGGACAGGUAGGGACCGUUGGAUGAGAUGCGAUGGACCGCGAGGAGGGAAGGGCGGAGGUGCAGUAGCAGUAUGGAGAGAUAGAUUUCCACACACAGCUGGAGUCGUCAUCGCCAUCAAUCAAGAGAGAGAAAAGAGAAUAGAGAGAGGGACGAGGGAUUUUCUUGUAAAGGGAUUUCUGUUGUCUUAAAAUCGUGGAAGUUGGAGGGAGAGAGAGAAGAGAUUUUGAGAGAGCGGCCGCUGCCAUGGCGGCGUUGCAGGGGCUGUAAUUCCGUGGCUUUAAUGCUCGUUGCAGGAGCAGCAGCAGCAAUAGCAGAAGGAGCAGCUACUGCAGAGAGAAAAGGAAUUGAAGGAGAGUCGCUGCCCCAAAAAUCCUACGUGGCCUGAAAUCCUCACAGAGAGAAGAGAGAAGAGAGAGGAGAGAGAAAAUCAUAGAGAGAGAGAGACACACAUCCAUUGCCGAGCUCGCUCUUCCCAAAGAGAGAGAGAGAGAGAAAGAAAACAAGAAUCACGAAAAACCCAAAUCAAGAAAAGAGAGAAACGAGGGAUUUUCUUGCGCUGGCGAGCGAUUCUCAGCUUUUCCUUGCUCCACUACUAUGGAUUAUCUCCCGCGAUUGACGGAUGACUCAGCUGUUUGGUGGAGAGAAUGUCUGGGUUUUCACUGAGAAGAAGCGAAGAAGAAGACAACCACAACGACAUACUCCCUCAUCCCGAAAGUCUCUUCCUUUACAACACCACCACCGCUAGAAACGAAGACAAAAGCUUCGAAAUAUGGCAGCAGCAGCAGCUGCUCCAACGUCAUCAACAGCAACAGCAGCGGCAUGCUUUCUACACGUCUGUUGGGAUUCAUGGAGUGGGGCUUUCAGAUGAAUCUGUAGCAGCAGCAGCGGCGGCGGCGGCUGGAGGUGGACCAUCAUCAUCAUCAUCAUCUUCGAAGAUGAUGAUGAGAGGAGGAGGAGGAGGAGGAGGAGGGAGUGCAAGUGGGGGAGGAGGGAUGAGUUGCCAGGACUGUGGAAAUCAAUCCAAGAAGGACUGCGCCCACAUGAGGUGCAGGACCUGCUGCAAGAGCCGUGGCUUCCAAUGCCCCACCCACGUUAAAAGCACUUGGGUCCCCGCCUCUCGAAGGCGCGAGCGCCAGCAACAGCUCGCAGCUAUUCAGCAACAGCAGCAGCAAAGAACAGGAGGCGUUGGAUUACAUGGAGGAGAGAAUCCAAAAAGACAGAGAGAGAAUCCCACUGCUCCCUCCCUUGCCUGCACCCGUUUACCUACUUCUACAUCAGGAAUGGAAUUAGCUGGCCAUUUCCCGGCAGAAGUGAAUUCUCCGGCCGUCUUCCGCUGCGUCCGUGUUAGUGCAUUGGACGAUCCAGAUGAUCAGUACGCAUAUCAGACGGCCGUCAGCAUCGGUGGCCAUGUCUUCAAGGGAAUCCUAUACGAUCAAGGACCCGACAACCAGCAUUACGCCCCUGCCGGUGAGACGUCUUCUUCUCCUUCCCGCAAUCUCAUUGCUGCUGCCACCGCUGCUACUGCUCCCUCUCUCGCUGCUACGACAACAAGUGCUGCUGCAGCUGCAAUGCUCGAUCCCUCGUCUUUCUAUCCAACUCCUCUCAAUGCUUUCAUGGCUGGUACGCAAUUCUUCCCACACCCAAGAUCUUAGUAAGUAGAAAUUCCUGCUCGCCCCCACGGAAGAUCUCCUCCAUUCUAACUAACUCUUUCUGUAUGCAUUGUUUUCUCUCUUUUUCUCUCUCUCUUUCUCUUUCACUCCCUCUCUGGGGCGAUUUUUCAUGUGAACUUGAAGAAGCUAGAAUGAAAUUGUUCUCAUUUUCAGAUGAA